AUGCCAGACAUAGAGAGAUAUGUUGAUGAGCACGAACCAGACAUUAUAACUUUGACAGAAGUAAAACCAAAGAAUUGUAAAGUGCCAUUGCAAGAGACAGAGUUAAGGAUCGAAGGAUAUCACCCACCAGUACAUAACCUUGAUGCAGAAGGACGUGGCAUAUGUAUAUAUGUUUCCUCACAGUUUGGACUGGAGCUUUUAAAAAUAGACGAUGAAAACUCGCUUAACUUUAACGAAUCCGUAUGGGUGAAAGUGAUUGUUGACAAUAGAAAGACAAUAGUGUUAGGCUGUGUGUACAGAAGCCCCUCAAGUGGUAAUGACAAUAACAGAGGGUUAGAAAAGUUACUUCGUCACAUUUCUGACAUGAAUUUUCAUGACUUAAUAAUAGUUGGGGAUUUCAACUACCCCGACAUAGACUGGGAGAAUUGUGUUGCAGACAGGGAAAACUCAGAUUCAGAUUUGUUUGCGGAAUGUGUGAAAGACUGUUUCCUGAUCCAACAUGUUGACGAACCAACACGAUAUCGCGGGAACCAGAGGCCAUCAAUUCUCGACUUGGUAAUGACAAAUGAAGAAAAUGUAAUAAGUGACUUACAGUACCAUGCUCCGUUUGGAAAUAGUGACCACUGCUGCCUAGCUUUCGAAUAUAAAUGCAUAGCAGAAACUAAAAGCACCAAGACAAAGAAAUACAAGUAUGAUAAGGGCGACUAUGUUGGGAUGAGAGAAAAUCUUUCAAGCAUUGACUGGACAGAGGAGCUUAAGGACCAGACUACUCAGGAAGCAUGGGACAUUUUUAGUGGCAUACUUGACACGGCAAUGCAGACACACAUACCAACCCAUACUGGAGGUGGGAUAAGAAAAUUAAAAAGACAGUCUUACAUGGAUAAACAAGGUAUGAGACUUGCCAAGGCAAAGCAGAGAGCCUGGAAGCGUUUCACAGACACAGAAGACCCCCACGACUACCAGAAGUACUGCACAGCAAGAAACAAGCUACGUAGCUACACAAGGGAACUGAGGAAGAAUUUUGAGGAAGAGCUUGCAAGAGAUGUGAAGGUAAAUCCAAAGGCGUUCUGGAAAUAUGCUAGCUCUAAACUCACAGUUAAAAGCGGCGUCAGUGAUCUAAAAGACAGUGAGGGCAACUUGCAUGGUGACGACAGUUCUAAAGCAGAAAUACUAAAUGAAUUCUUCUGCAGUGUGUUCACAAAGGAGGAUGUUACGCAUAUACCAGAUUUGGAUGACAGGUCAGAAGGACAUGAACUGUUAGAAACACUUAUCAGUGAAGAAAUGAUCAUGAGACAUCUUCAGAAAUUGAAAAUCAGCAAGUCGUCGGGUCCUGAUAGUUUCCAUCCGAGAGUAUUGAAGGAAGUAGCAGAGGCCAUAACCCCCCACUCCACAUCAUAUUCAGAAAGAGUUUGGAUUCUGGACAACUGCCAUCCCAGUGGAAGCAAGGACAAGUUACACCGAUAUUUAAGAAAGGGGAUCGGAGUUCACCAGGCAACUAUAGACCAGUCAGUCUUACGUCAGUGA